UUUCGGUAGAUGUACUAAAAGGAUUGCCCAUAUGACACUGCUCUAGCAAACGUCAUUGCGGUAGACAAAUUUGAUUUAAAUUUUGUAGUUUUUCGAUUUUUUAAUAAUAUUUAGAACACCGUUCAGUUGGGUUAAACACAUGUUAACCGUUCAUGAUUUGUUUUAUUCCAAGAGACAUUUUUAUUCAUUUGUUUGAAUCGAAUAGUAUAACAAUGCCUGACGUACGGUUUGACUUGGAGCAUCAUGUGCCACCGACAGAAAGGGGAUUUUACUGCCAAGAUUUAUCAAUAAGAUAUCCGUACAAGGAGAACUUUUUCAAAGGGGUGGACAUGACUGUAUGGAUCUUUAUUUUGCCCGUUUUACUCAUUUGGGUUUGUGAAACGGCUUUGUUUCAGUGGAACGACCCGACGAAGAAAAAGUUAAAAUUCUUCUUUCUCCUUUACAGGCAGUUUAUCGGACUGACGUUCGGCCAUUUAAUAUCCGUUUCGAUAACACUUUUCUUGAUGAGGACUGUAGGAAUGCUGAGUCCUUACUUCAUAGAAAUAUGCAAACCGAACGUCAACUGCACACAACCGGAAAACAAAUAUAAAUUUAUCAUGGAAUACGUCUGCACUCGUAACGACAAGGAGCUUUUGUACGGCGCACGGUCUUCUUUUCCUAGUUUCGGUUGCCUUCAGGCUGUCAGGGCGGCGGUUCAGCUCAUCCUGUACAUCGAGGCUAAGAUCACUUUCGAAUAUAUAAAUUUACUGAAGCGUUUGAUACAAUCGUUCAUUUUCUUACUCGCCAACAUGCUGUGCGCCAUCAUAAUCAGAGAUAAUAGUAGUCACUGGUACGACGUAUUAGCCGGAUACAUACUCGGUAUCUUAUUUGGAUAUUUCGCCGCCUUCUAUCUAAUGGGAUGGUUUGAUUCAGAAGAAAAAUAUUCUCGAUCGUCUGACUCGCUGAAAUCAGAUUUGCAAAUUCCAUCUUCUACAACCGUUGCAACUAAAAUCGAUUGACUUAUUUCGCUUCUUAAAAUCAUUAAAACGCUUGAUAUGUCUGCGAUGUCUUACUUUGUUUUAUAAGUUUGGUAUACAUAAGUCGCGAAGCUUGAUAUUUGUCCUCAUUUUCAUUGUUAUGCUUCCAGUAAUUGUGAAAUCUGCUACAAUGUGUAUACAAUUUUGAAGAUCUAUUUUCCUUUCAAGCUUUUAAGAGAAUUGUGAAACGUGAAAAUUCCGUAAACGACUAUUCUCGCAUACCGCACACCGCAA